AUGGAGAUGGAUGAAGUGACCCGGCCUUCCGAGAGAGAGCUGCAGACCAACUCCCGGUCCCGCUCGGCCUUGCUGCACGUGCUGCGUAAGCGCCGCGCGCCGCGCUUGGCGGACCUGGAGCACAAGGCCCAUGCCUUGCCCACUUGGUGCAGUGUGACGGAGGCUUCCGAGGCGUCUGGCGCCCGCCGGCCGAAGCGGAAGCGCGUGGCUGAGGAGGAAGAGGCAGAGGAGGCGGAGGCGGAGGCGGCGGAGGUGGAGGUGGAGGUGGCAGGCGAAGCAAACCCCGCGCUGAAGUGGCCCUGCGCCCGGUGCGGCCAGAAGACCCACCGGUCCAGUGAGUGCCCUUCGCAGCUGGAAGGUUGCAACUAUUGCGGCCAGGUGGGCCACACCACGAGGCGCUGCACCUUCGGCGCGAAGCGCAGCGAGCGGUUCCUCUUCUGCGAGGCCUUGAGGCCGCGCCUGGGCUGCUUCUGGCGCCGGUUCCUGGUGCCGCUGACCCGGGGCGACGCCACCACGUUUCAGGCGUCUGCGCCCCGCGGGGGCCGCGUGGACGUGGGCCUGCGGUGCUUGUCAGCGGGGCUCUUCCGCAGCCAGGGCCUCCGGCGCAAUACCCAGGUUUGCCUCUCCUUCGAGGCGAGCGGCCACGUGUUGGAGGUCUCCGGGGCGCUGGUGCGAGGCCUAGUGCCGGACGAGCCCCGCCUGGCGGAGCGCGUGGAGGCGGCGCUGGCAUCGGAGCGACAGCUGCCAGACCCCAAGGAGGACCCGGAGGCGUGGUGCACUAGCCCUCUGAGAGGCAUGGAGCUGCGCGCACGCUCGAGCCAAGCAGCGCUCAAGGCGAUGCUCAAAGCGAAGGAGGGGCGGAUCGCGCUUCUGAUCCUGGACGCCGAUGGCGAGCCCAUCUCCCAGGUGCUCAAGCAGCAGAGGGACCUGCAGGGCCUGGUGGUCCUGGUGGGCGACCACCGGGGCCUCAGCGCCGAGAUGCUCAGCGCCUACGAGGAGGUGGCGCGGGCUGCAGAGGUGGAGGUGGUCCGAGCAUCUCUGGGCCGCACCACUCUGCUGGGUUCCCAUGCCAUCGUCAUCCUGCAGCACUACUUGGACGAGCACUUGCACUGCUGUGCCGAAGCAAGUCGACUACGGCCGCGGGCGGUGAAGAAAAAGCCGCGCAGCGGCCGCGGUCGAGCUGCCUGCUUCGUGGCUGUGGACACCGAGAUGAAGGUCCGCAAUGUGGGGAUCCAGUACUUUUCAUUGGACCCAGGCCUGCGCUUCAACUUCUUUCUGCUUUGGCUUUUUGGAGGUCCCUGGCAAAGUGGCAGCCAAGAUAGGAAGAGUGUGACGGCUGGGUCCUUCGGGGAGCUCAACGGAGUGCAGACAGGCGAUGUGCUGGUGGCAGCGGGGAGGGUGGAAGACCUGCAGGCUUUGGAGAAGUUGGAACUGGAGGCUUUCAAGUCGUUGCUGAAAGGACGGCCGCUGACCCUAGCCUUUCACAGCGAGGCUUCACCAGGCAGCACCUACGAGAUUCUGGCAGAUGCAACUGUCAGCAAGAUGGGUAUAGCCUUCCGUGGUAUGCCGCCAGGAGCAUUGCCAGUGAAGAGUGUGGGUGAGGGCUUCGGGAAGGAGCGCGGUGUUCGUGCCGGGGAUGUCCUGCUGCAAGUGGGCAAGGAUGAGCUGGCGAGCUUGGAAGGCAUGAGCGCUGACAGCUUCAAGAACUUGCUGAAGGAGCGACCUUUGCGAAUGCAGUUCCAGUCUGGUGGUGGCUCACUCUCAGAGCCAAACAGUCCAGCCAUCACACCAAGGACGCUGGAGGCACAGCAAGUGGCCGAACAUCCGCGGGAGGCAGCGGAACAGACCGCGGAAGCACCAUCAGUGGUGUCAGGAGUGCCGGCUGAACCAGCAGCAGCGGCAGCAGUACCAGCAGUGCAGGCAGCCAGCAGUGAACGUGCAGAAGGUAGCACCUACGAGAUUCUGGCAGAUGCAAGUGUCAGCAAGAUGGGCAUAGCCUUCCGUGGUAUGCCCCCAGGAGCACUGCCAGUGAAGAGUGUGGGCGAGGGCUUCGGGAAGGAGCACGGUGUUCGCGCAGGGGAUGUCCUGCUGCAAGUGGGCAAGGAUGAGCUGGCGAGCUUGGAAGGCAUGAGCGCUGACAGCUUCAAGAACUUGCUGAAGGAGCGACCUUUGCGAAUGCAGUUCCAGUCUGGUGGUGGCUCACUCUCAGAGCCAAGCACUCCAGCCAUCACACCAAGGAAGCUGGAGGCACAGCAAGCGGCUGAACACCCGCGCGAGGCAGCAGAACAUACCGCGGAAGCACCAGCGGUUGCGUCAGGAGUACCAGCGGCUGAACCAGCAGCAACAGCAGCAGUACCAGCAGCGCAGGCAGCCGGCAGUGAACGUGCAGAAGGCAGCACCUACGAGAUUCUGGCAGAUGCAAGUGUCAGCAAGAUGGGCAUAGCCUUCCGUGGUAUGCCCCCAGGAGCACUGCCAGUGAAGAGUGUGGGCGAGGGCUUCGGGAAGGAGCACGGUGUUCGCGCAGGGGAUGUCCUGCUGCAAGUGGGCAAGGAUGAGCUGGCGAGCUUGGAAGGCAUGAGCGCUGACAGCUUCAAGCACUUGCUGAAGGAGCGACCUUUGCGAAUGCAGUUCCAGUCUGGUGGUGGCUCACUCUCAGGGCCAAGCAGCGCGGUCACCACACCAAGGACGUCAGAGAGAAACCCAGCGCCUGAAAGCCAGCGCGAGGCAGCAGAACAUACCGCGGAAGCACCAGCGGUUGCGUCAGGAGUGCCAGCGGCUGAACCAGCAGCAGCUGCAGCAGUACCAGCAGUGCAGGCAGCCGGCAGUGAACGCGCAGAAGGUAGCACCUACGAGAUUCUGGCAGAUGCAAGUGUCAGCAAGAUGGGCAUAGCCUUCCGUGGUAUGCCCCCAGGAGCACUGCCAGUGAAGAGUGUGGGCGAGGGCUUCGGGAAGGAGCACGGUGUUCGCGCAGGGGAUGUCCUGCUGCAAGUGGGCAAGGAUGAGCUGGCGAGCUUGGAAGGCAUGAGCGCUGACAGCUUCAAGAACUUGCUGAAGGAGCGACCUUUGCGAAUGCAGUUCCAGUCUGGUGGUGGCUCACUCUCAGGGCCAAGCAGCGCGGUCACCACACCAAGGACGUCAGAGAGAAACCAAGCGGCUGAAAGCCAGCGCGAGGCAGCAGAACAUGCCGCGGAAGCACCAAAGGUUGCGUCAGGAGUGCCAGCGGCUGAACCAGCAGCAGCUGCAGCAGUACCAGCAGUGCAGGCAGCCGGCAGUGAACGUGCAGAAGGCAGCACCUACGAGAUUCUGGCAGAUGCAAGUGUCAGCAAGAUGGGCAUAGCCUUCCGUGGUAUGCCCCCAGGAGCACUGCCAGUGAAGAGUGUGGGCGAGGGCUUCGGGAAGGAGCACGGUGUUCGUGCCGCGGAUGUACUGCUGCAAGUGGGCAAGGAUGAGCUGGCGAGCUUGGAAGGCAUGAGCGCUGACAGCUUCAAGAACUUGCUGAAGGAGCGACCUUUGCGAAUGCAGUUCCAGUCUGGUGGUGGCUCACUCUCAGAAACACACAGUCCAGCCAUCACACCAAGGGCGCUGGAGACACAGCAAGUGGCUGAACACCCGCGGGAGGCAGCAGAACAUACCGCGGAAGUACCAGCGGUUGCGUCAGGAGUGCCAGCGGCUGAACCAGCAGCAGCUGCAGCAAUACCAGCAGUGCAGGCAGCCGGCAGUGAACGCGCAGAAGGCAGCACCUACGAGAUUCUGGCAGAUGCAAGUGUCAGCAAGAUGGGCAUAGCCUUCCGUGGUAUGCCCCCAGGAGCACUGCCAGUGAAGAGUGUGGGCGAGGGCUUCGGGAAGGAGCACGGUGUUCGCGCAGGGGAUGUCCUGCUGCAAGUGGGCAAGGAUGAGCUGGCGAGCUUGGAAGGCAUGAGCGCUGACAGCUUCAAGAACUUGCUGAAGGAGCGACCUUUGCGAAUGCAGUUCCAGUCUGGUGGUGGCUCACUCUCAGAGCCAAGCACUCCAGCCAUCACACCAAGGAAGCUGGAGGCACAGCAAGCGGCUGAACAUCCGCGGGAGGCAGCAGAACAUACCGCGGAAGUACCAGCGGUUGCCUCAGGAGUGCCAGCGGCUGAACCAGCAGCAGCUGCAGCAGUACCAGCAGUGCAGGCAGCCGGCAGUGAACGCGCAGAAGGCAGCACCUACGAGAUUCUGGCAGAUGCAAGUGUCAGCAAGAUGGGCAUAGCCUUCCGUGGUAUGCCCCCAGGAGCACUGCCAGUGAAGAGUGUGGGCGAGGGCUUCGGGAAGGAGCGCGGUGUUCGCGCAGGGGAUGUCCUGCUGCAAGUGGGCAAGGAUGAGCUGGCGAGCUUGGAAGGCAUGAGCGCUGACAGCUUCAAGAACUUGCUGAAGGAGCGACCUUUGCGAAUGCAGUUCCAGUCUGGUGGUGGCUCACUCUCAGAGCCAAGCACUCCAGCCAUCACACCAAGGAAGCUGGAGGCACAGCAAGCGGCUGAACAUCCGCGGGAGGCAGCAGAACAUACCGCGGAAGUACCAGCGGUUGCGUCAGGAGUGCCAGCGGCUGAACCAGCAGCAGCUGCAGCAAUACCAGCAGUGCAGGCAGCCGGCAGUGAACGCGCAGAAGGCAGCACCUACGAGAUUCUGGCAGAUGCAAGUGUCAGCAAGAUGGGCAUAGCCUUCCGUGGUAUGCCCCCAGGAGCACUGCCAGUGAAGAGUGUGGGCGAGGGCUUCGGGAAGGAGCACGGUGUUCGUGCCGGGGAUGUACUGCUGCAAGUGGGCAAGGAUGAGCUGGCGAGCUUGGAAGGCAUGAGCGCUGACAGCUUCAAGAACUUGCUGAAGGAGCGACCUUUGCGAAUGCAGUUCCAGUCUGGUGGUGGCUCACUCUCAGAGCCAAGCACUCCAGCCAUUACACCAAGGACGCUGGAGGCACAGCAAGCAGCUGAAGCGGUUGUGUCAGGAGCAAUGCCGGCGGCAGAACCACGAGCAGUGCCACCAGCAGAGGAGCGAGGCUAA